GCCUACCAGUUCAUUUCACCCUUGUCUCUCGUCUGAUACACAAUGGUCCAGGUUAAAGCUCUGCCUGUGGUUCUCUGUGUAUUUGGUUUGCUCUUAGAGACUCUGUGCUCUUUAAUUUUAAAGGCAGAUGUUGGAGAUAAAGCCAGUAUUUGGUGCCAACACGGCCUGGCUGAUACGGGCUACAUCUCCUGGUUUAAACACACGUGUGAUUCAGUCCCACUUCUGAUCGGGUGCAAACGGUUUUUGCCAUCGUCUCCAUCAGAGAACUGCACAUUCUUUACUGAGAGUGAGAGAAUAGUGAUGUCUGUUUAUGCCAAGAACACGUCUCUCACCAUCACUGCAGUAAAUGUCUCUGAUACAGGACUCUAUUACUGCAGCUUCAGGAAACAGGAAAAAAUUAUCUUUGGCACCUCGACCUCUUUACAAGUCAAAGGAAAUAUACAAAUUUCUGCGGAUGAAGCAACAGGCAAAAGAAAAACAUUUGCCGAGGGGAAAGCAAUAAACACAAAUAGGACACUUUCUGAGGAGAAACCAACAAGUUCAGACUCUCCUUCUGUGUCAUUCAUGCUGAUUGUGGGGUUUAGUGCACUGGGUGUAAUUCUUCUCAGUGUCCUGAUCCUCAUACUGAAGCACAAAAAAACUCACACAGGUGCUCAAGCAGAAGAUAAUAAGGUUGCUGACUCAGACAUGGUGAAUUAUUUUGCAUUUAACUUCUCCAAAAGGAAAAGCAAGGGGAAUGAUGAAAGCAUAGUUAUGUAUUCUUCAGUUGGAUAAGUAAAUAUCUGCGCGUGAUGUGAUAUUGUAAGAUAUCAGUUACUCUUUAGAGAAAGAAAAAAAUAUACUGGAACAGAUGUCCAUAAAUAGAAGCACUAAAUCAUUUAUAACAUUAAAGUUAAAAUGCAUAAUAUAAUAUAAUAUAAUAUAAUAUAAUAUAAUAUAAUAUAAUAUAAUAUAAUAUAAUAUAGGCAGCACAGUGCUGUAGUGGUUAGCACUGUUGCUGGUUCAUGUUUAUUUUAAAUUAUUUUUGUUAAUAGUGUUCUGUCUUUUUGUUUAUGCAUGCUUAAUAUUCCUAAUAUAUUUCUUUAUGAUAAAUGGACUUUAUAAGUGUUUUUUAAGGAGAAACAAAAGGGUAAGUUUAUGAAGUAAUUAACAGUUUUGCCAGUUGAAGCUCCUGCUCUUUCCAACUCGGACCUAAAGAUAUUGGUACUUAAUAGUAACUCAGCCUGGAACAACCACAUAUUGUUAAAUUCCUCUAAAAGAGUCUCAGGAGGGAGCUCAUUGCAUUUUUCUUCCUGGUAUUGUUGCCUAUUUUGAUCUCCAAUUUGUUGUAAAAGGCCGCGGUAAACCACUGGACAGCCAGCAGGGGCAGCAGCGGAUACACACUAAAAAACGCUGGGUUGUUUUUUCUACCCAAGCGCUGGUUUGCCUCUGUUGGGUCAUUUUUCUGGGUUAUUUACAGAGAGUUGGGUAGUUUUUGUGUAACCCAGCUGCUGGGUUAAAGUUUGCUUGGCUCCUCCCCCAAAGUUCACCGGUGGAUUCAGCGGCUGUCAGUCAGAGCUUUGUGUUUUUCUUGAGCUCCCACACCGCUGAUGAUGGUUCAUUUAAGGGAAAAUGACAUUAAAUACAAGGUCUGUGUACACAUGUUCACUCACAUAAGUCACAUAUGACUGAAAAAUGAUUACUAUAUGUGAGAUUUAUUACUGUUACCGUGUUAAGGUUACACUUAAACUUUCAGGCUGGUUUGAGGUAAAAUUAAUUUAGCUGACAAUAGCUGCUAGUUAGCCAAAGAACCCCAUCUGUGUAUGAACGAAACGGAUAAGAUGUCUGAGCUUUUUAUCUUUCUCUGUAGAAUGUUUGCAGGGUGUACGAAACUGUAACUGUAGUAUAAGAAUGACGCUAGCAUUUAGUUAGGUUGCUAGCGUUAGCAACCACAUUAACAUUAGAACUUUAUUAUUCUCACUGUUUGAGACAAUAAAAUGCUAGGGUUACAAAACACUGACCCUCUCACAAAUAUACAGACCUG